UCGCACUUCUUCUGGUGUUUCUGUAAACAAUUUACAAAUGGUGGGACCAGUAGUGCAAGAUCCAUUAUUUAAUAUAUUAAUUCGUUUCAGACAGCAUAAGUAUGUCCUGACAGGAGACAUAGAGAAAAUGUUUCGCUCAGUGCUUCUCAGAGAGUCUGAUCGCAAUCUUCAACUUAUACUGUGGCGGGAUAGUGAGGAUAAGCCUUUAAGGACACUUCGUUUAAACACCGUUACUUACGGCUUCGCUAGUGCUUCCUUUCUUACUACUCGUUCUCUUUGGCAGAUAGGCGAAGAAUGUUCAGAUCAGAAGAUCAAAACUAUAAUUCAAAGUGAUCUAUAUUGCGAUGACCUACUUACCGGUGCAAGCAGCGAGGAAGAGUUGCGUCACAUUCUUCUUUCAGUCUCUUCCGAGUUGGAAAAAGGAUGUUUUCAUCUACGCAAAUAUCGGUCAAACUUACCCAAGUUACUCGCGGACUCCGUUGACCUGGAAAGUGGUAAUCUUAUGAUUAGUAAUGCAACUAGCACGCUAGGAAUAGGUUGGACGCCGUCUUCCGACGAAUUUCACUUUCAGCAUAAUGUUUCGGCUUCUGAAAAUGUCACAAAGAGAACUAUACUUUCCUCAACAUUUAAAAUAUUUGAUCCUCUUGGUCUUCUGUCUAUUUUCACAAUCAAACCUAAAAUAAUACUACAAGAGUUAUGGAGUCAUAAAAUGGAUUGGGAUGAACCAGUUCCUCCAGAAAUAAGGAAUUCCUGGUUAAAGUUUUCUACUAAAUCCUCAUGUUUGUCUUCUUUAAAAAUUCCUAGAUGUAUUUUAAUUGAUAACGCAUCUUUUGUACAGAUACAUUGUUUCUGUGACGCUUCGCAGCGGGCUUUUGGCAGCUGUAUUUAUCUGAGGUCUAUUUCUGCUAGUGGCGUUGUACAGGUCAACCUAGUAUGUGCAAAAUCGCGGGUUGCACCUAUCAAACCCACGACAAUACCACGGCUCGAACUCUGCGCUGCCCUAUUAGGAGCCCAACUAACUGCUACAGUUUUAGCCGCAUUACGUUGCCCUAUUGAGCGUCAAGUGUAUUGGACAGACUCUAAAGUUGUGUUAGGUUGGCUUAACUCUAAUAAAACCAAAACGUUUGUUGCCCACAGGGUAGCUGCUAUAAAUGAACUAUCAAACCCUUCAGACUGGCGUUAUGUUCCCACUUCUGUCAACCCGGCUGACCUAGUCUCGCGUGGUGUCGAUCCGGACCAAACAGAUCUCUCUAUAUGGUGGAACGGUCCAUCGUUCCUUUUGGAAUCCGAAGAUUCCUGGCCCGCCUAUACUGCGGACUCUAUAGAGUUGCCAGAGCUUAAGACCCAUCACACUUUAGGGGGAGGAUGCAUCUUCCAUGCCAGAUUUGUCUGAAAAUUUAGCAAAAUAUUCUAAUUUAACCACUCUUAUUCGGGUUCUAGCUAGAGUUUUAAGGUUCGUCAAAAACUGUAGAUCAAAUAUAAAAUCAAACAGAUUACGAGGUCCACUUCAAGUUUCUGAAUUAGAAAACGCCCACAGCGUCGCUAUAAAGUUAGCCCAGAAAGAUUCCUUUCCUAUAGAAUUAGAACAGCUAGGAAAAGGUAAAUCUUUAAAUUCUAAAGCCGCGCUCGCUUCUCUUAAUCCAUUUUUAGACGAAAAUGGAAUUUUAAGAGUCGGCGGACGCAUCGAGUCAUCUUCUUAUCAGUAUGACAAACGUCAUCCUAUUUUAUUACAUGCAAAUCAUUUUUUAACAAAAUUAAUUUUCAAACAGGAGCACCUACGCUUGUUGCACGCCGGUCCUCAGCAUCUCCUGGCAUCUAUUAGAGAACGUUAUUGGCCUGUAGGAGGCAGGAAUCUAGCCAGACGUGCAGCACGCGAAUGUGUAACCUGUCGUCGAUUCAAUGCUCGCACUAUGGAUAAUAUUAUGGGAAACUUACCUGCAGAUCGCGUUGAAACUGAUUUCCCCUUCUCCACUAUAGGUACCGACUUUGCCGGCCCAUUUCUUAUAACAGACCGCAAAGGGCGCGGCUGUAAAAUAACUAAAAGUUACCUAUGUAUCUUCAUUUGCUUUCGCUACAAAUGCGUUCAUUUAGAGUUAGUCAGCGACUUAUCAAUGGAGGCAUUUUUACUUACAUUAAAAAGAUUUAUAGCUCGUAGGGGUAAACCAAAGGUCAUCUACUGCGACAAUGGUAGAAAUUUCGUUGCAGCAGCCAAGGAAAUAAAUUCUUUCCUCGAGUCUAAUAGCGACUCCAUUAAAGACUCUGCAUCUCGCGAAGGCAUUGAAUUCCGCUUCUCACCAGCAUACGCUCCUCACUUUGGUGGUCUCUGGGAAGCCGGAGUCAAGUCAGCGAAAUUCCACUUAUACAGAGUCCUAAAAAAUAUUCACUUGACUUUCGAGGAAUUGAGUUCGCUGUUUGCUCAGAUCGAGGCGAUACUUAACAGCCGUCCUUUAUGUCCUUUAAGUCCCUCUCCACAAGACCUAUCUCCGCUCACCCCGGGCCACUUUAUAAUUGGUAGGCCACUAACGUCUUUGCCAUCACCGUACCUACUGGACUAUAGCACAAAUCGUCUAGACCGUUUUCAGCGAUUGGAGCAAGCUCGUCAGCACUUUUGGAAGCGAUGGUCAACAGAGUACGUCACGGAGCUCCAGCAACGCACAAAGUGGAAGGUGCGGUGUCGAGAACUAAAGGUAGACGACCUAGUCCUCAUCAAGGAUGAUGGGACUCCUCCCCUAUGUUGGCGCCUUGGAAGAGUCUCAAAGUUAUUUCCCGGUACUGACGGUGUGCCUCGCGUCGCUGAUGUAUCCACUUCACAAGGCACCGUACGACGAGCUAUCAACAGAUUGUGUUUGCUGCCUUCACCAGAUGACUGCACGGCAUAGAAUCUUGAAAGCUUCCUCUAGAGCUUUCAAGGCCCCCGAGGAUGUCUGCGACACAUUCAUUCAUCGAUGACACAUUCAUUCAUCCACAAUAAUUAAAAUAUAUAUAAUCUGUGGCAUACAUUCACACGUUCACUCAUUUUCAUUCAUUAUUCAUUCUAUCUAGCCAACAUGGCCUCACGCUGUACGUUCCAAUAAUAUUUUAUUAUAAUUGUUUAAAAACCAGAGUAAAUGUUUUAUGGAAAACUUCAAGCUUGUUUGAUUCAUCACGAACAUUUAG